AUGUCACUCGGCACCGAAACUACCAACGUCCUCUACCGCAACCUCGACGCGCUGACCUACAUCCUCUCGCCCGCGCAGCUCAGCGCCAUGACCGAGUCCGAGCGCAGCACCGCGCUGCAGACGCUCCUGGUGACAGCAGAAGCCGCAGCUCGGCUCGCCGAGGCCAAAGGGGAGGGGAAGGGGGAGGGGUAUUGCCCGGCGAAGACGGCGGCGGGGAUGGAGGAGACGGUUACUGCUGCGGAGACGGGUGCGGUGAAGAGUGUGGGUGGGCGGGGGAAGCGGUGGGGGUUUGACGCGGAUGGAGUGUUGAAGCUGAUGGAUGUGGAGGACGCUUGA